AUGCCAUAUACAUUGAACCAACCCAGGCUGAACAUGCAUUUCAGCAAACGGCGCGAACCAAUUUGACGAGCCCCCUAUAAUACCGACUGAUGAACAGGGGUUUUUAUUUUGAAAUGCUUCAAACAGACUUGAGAAAGAGGGCAGCUUUUUCUAUUCUCUGGAGUAAUUUUCUCACUUAUUUAAUCUCUUGAUCGAAAGUUUUCCCGCCAUUAGAAAAGGACAAGACUCGAUAGACGAAGUAUAAGGCAAUCCGGGGAGAUGGCCAACGGCACAGUUACCAUGCGGGAGCCGUUAUCUUCCGUCUCGGAGCAAGAAACAAGGGGACAUGUUAACCAAUAUUAUGGAAUGGUUCGGAUAGUUACUAUUGUGUUUACAGUUUUUCUGCUUGUGACUGGUAUUAUCCUCUUGGCCUUAGGCAUAUUUGUGACCACCAUUCAGACGAACUAUGACCCGAUCAGUGGGCACAUCCACACACCCGCCGUGCUUGUGGCAGUGGCAGGGGUAGUGGUCCUUCUGACCGGAUUGUUGGGGAUAGUUGGCGCUGUCAGGGUAAUUAGCAGAGUACUCAAAGUAUUCUUGUGUGUCUUGGUGCUACUGUUUUUCUUCCAAGUCAUUUGUGGUAUCAUUGUCUUCAUUCAUAGAGAGAAGGCAGUUGAUAUGGCAACAAAGUAUGUCUCAUUCACUGUAUCAUCUUAUGGGCAAGAUAGUGACGUCACACGGAGGGUUAAUUAUAUUCAACAGCAACUCCACUGCUGUGGUUUAAACGACUAUCAAGACUGGCAGUAUAACAUCCGAUAUACUUGUAACAGAAGGCUGGCUAAGGUCUGCGGUGUGCCUGCCUCAUGUUGUCAACCCUUCCAUAAGUAUGAACUUGAAGACAACUGCGGCGUUGGAAUGCGAACAAAUCGAACUAUGACUGAAGCGAGCCGGUUCAUUUAUACUACUGGGUGUAAACCUGCCUUUAUCAACUGGAUAAACAACCAUCUUGACGCGAUGGGUGGAGCCGUGUUAGGAUUUGCAAUACCUCAGAUUUUUGGUCUUGUUUGUGUCUAUUGGAUGAUCUCAAUGGUGUCGGAGAAAAGGACAAUGUACACGUACAAAAGCCAAGUGUCUCGGGAGGAAACUUAGUCACAACCAAGCAUAUAGAUCUACAUAAUGUACAUGUAUAUUCAACGUUCUUGGUCUAAUCUUGGAACAGUGGUCUCAGGAACAUACUCUGUAAGCACCUGGCAAACAAGCGAUUUAAAUCGCUGCGGCAAUUUUUUCGUCUGUGCCUGUCUUAAUUCAAAGGUGCCUGAGACACGAAAUAGUGGUGCAGGGACCUGCACAUAGUAUCAAACCCAGUGAUUACCGGUUUUCCUGCAGAUGAAUAAUAUUUUUGUCAUAUUACAAUCGCCAGUCACAGAGACUGAAUGGCUAGUUUGCGCGACUGGGCCGGCAAAAUCCAUUAUGUAUGGCGAUAGUUGAUGCGAUGUACAUGUAGUAGCACUGAGUAUAAGAUGAUGAGCUUUCAGGGUGAAAUUAAACUCCAGGGGCAGUCCAUUAAUUUCGUCAUCCUAUUCGUCUCUCCUUAUGAGGAGGGACAAGGCCGGCCCACUCUGCGUCCGGAGUGUAGGUUAAGUUAGAUUUUUUUGAGGGAUUGAUCAGAAGAGCAAAACUAAGAGUCGAU